GGGUCGCAUCUCGGUGACGCGGUGCCUCGCCGCCGAUAUAAAUGGAACCCGGAUGCGAGUUGACAACUUCAGGAAAAAAAAAAAAAAAAUAAGAAAACAAAUAGACACGUGUGUCCGGAGCCAGGGUUGUAUAUGUUAUAACCAAGCCUGUCAAGAGAGAGAUGCUGCGUGGCUCCACGUUUCCAACGCGCGGCCAGCUGGAAGUCCACUGACGUCUGAGAGUUCUCACUCCCCUGGUGAUGGCUCACCGGGGGCGGCUCGUCGCCAUCAUCACGACGGUCCUCGGCGCCACCUUUGGGGGUCUCCUCGUGUGGCGAGCGAUCAGAACCAAGAGGAAGCGGCCGCCUUCCGUCCAGAGGGAAACGCCGCUUCCCGUUGCCGACCGGCGCCCCCCAGGUGGGGAGGUCCAGGCCGCGGCGCACGAGAAGACCCGGGCGGGACCGCCCCCGCGCAUCCCGUCCUCCGAACAGCUGCUUUCGACGACGCCGGUGACGGUGAGCUCGCCGGAGGAAUGGCAGCGGCUGUGGCCGCCGAUGCGGGAGGACCUGGCGGUGGUCCCGGUGCUGGGAAUCGACUGCGAAUGGGUAUCAGACAAGGUGGUCUCCCUGCUCCAGAUGGCUUCUUAUUCCGGCCGGUGCGUGCUGGUGCGACUUCCGGCGUUCUGCGACACGCCGCUCCCGCCGGACCUGAUGGAGGUCCUGCGGGACCCGCGCGUCCUGAAGGCCGGCGUCGGUUGCCACGACGACGGCAAGCGGCUGACGCGGGACUACGGCGUGUCGCUGACCAGCGCGGUGGACUUGCGCCACCUCGCACUGAGGCAAAAGCAGUUGCCUUUGAGCAACGGACUCGGCCUGAAGUCGCUCGCGGCCGACUUGUUGAACGUUUCACUGGACAAGUCGCUGGAACUGCGAUGUAGCGACUGGGAGGCACACGAGCUGACGCCCGAGCAGAUGACAUACGCCGCCAGGGACGCCCAAGUGUCCGUCGCGCUCUUCUUCCACCUGCUCGGCCUCCGCCCCGAAGCCGACCCCGCUUCCGCCGACUGGUUCUCCUACACCGCGUUGGCCGCCCGCUGCCAGGGGUUGGUCGACACGCCGUUCAGGGGGCGGUCGGGCGACGAGUCGAACGAGCGCAAUGAUGCCGCCGCCGCCGGCAUAAAGAGGACCCCGCGAACGCGCAGGCCGCUGAUGGGCACGUCCACGAGCCUGGAGUCUGGAGAUCAGCCAAACCCGGACCCCAGGAAGAACAACAAAAGGAAGCCACUGGGUGUGGGCUACUCUCCAAGGAAGUCUCCUCUGUACGAUAACUGCUACCUGCACGCCCCCGACGGUCAGCCGCUUUGCACGUGUGACAAGAAGAAGGCAAAGUGGUAUCUCGAUAAAGGAAUAGGAGCGCUCCAGAGCGAGGAUCCGUUUGUGGUGAGACUCCUGUUUGAGCCGUCGGGACGUCCGGAAUCCCAGCAGGACUACUACCUCACCGCUAAGGAGAACCUCUGCGUGGUCUGCGGGAGAGCGGACUCUUACAUCAGGAAGAACAUCGUCCCGCACGAGUACCGCCGUCACUUCCCCAACGAGAUGAAGGAUCACAACUCGCACGACAUCCUGCUGCUGUGCACCAGCUGCCACGCCGCCUCCAACGUGCACGACGCCGCCCUCAAGCAGCAUCUGGCCGACACCUUCUCCGCCCCGCAGGGUUGCGAGGAGGGCGUGCGGCCCAUGGAGGACCCCGAGCGGCGACUGGUGCGCUCGGCGGCCCGCGCCCUCCUCGGCGCCGGCGCCGGACUGCCGCAGGGGCGACGGGACGAGCUCAGGGCGAUCGUCAAGGGCUUCCUGAACGUCGACGGCGAGCGAGAGCUGACUGAGGAGGAGCUCCGGGGGGCCGCCGCUUUGGAGACGAGGAUUUUAAACGAAGCGUACGUGCCCCACGGCCUGAAGGUGGUGCGCGCCUACGCCGCGCGGGGCCCCCGCGGCCUGAUGGAACUGGAGCGGUGCUGGAGGCAGCACUUCCUGUCCGCCAUGCGCCCCAAGCACCUACCGCCGCUCUGGUGCGUGCAGCACAACCACGUAAAGCUCCUCCGCAAGUACGGCGACGACCUGCCCGUCACGCUCAAGUGAACGGCGGCGACCGCCGAUUUAGUGGCGGUAGGAUUAUUAUUAUUUUUUUAUUAUUAGAGAUCGAAAGUGGAAAUUUACAAAGAUACGAGACGUGCAGCAACCCGCUCUUAAUCUUUAGUCGUAGCAGGUUAGCGGCUAAUGCUAAUGAGGCUUGUCCGUAACGUUCUUUUUUUGGUCGCUUUCGCGUCUGCAUCCAAAUUGCGUUCUUUUUAAAAAAUCUCAUGUCUUUUUAGAGCCGUAUUAAUUUAUUCCGAGAUGAGGUUUUGAUCAGCUGUCGCAGCGAGGACGGAACGUGCGGGCACAAUGUGGACGUUUCUUGUUAGUUUGCCUGCCUGCUUUGCCCCCCCAGCUAUUGUCCUUUUCAGUCAAUAGUUCUUCUCUUCAAAGUGUCAUCUUUUCGGGUCCACUUUGAUUUAUUUGCGAUUUUUGACCGGUUCUCUCAGCGGGUGGGUGGCAAACGCUAAAAAGUUUCUUGCUUCCUGUCAACUUCCCUCCAUCUUGUCGCUCUCUUUAAAAUAAUCCAGCUUCAUUUUUUUGGGGAUCCCUUUUGAACAUUUUGUUCCAAGAUUGAAAUUUUCACCAGGUCUCGCCGUGGGCCGGACACGAGUGAAUUUAUCCUCGCGCUCGCCCACAUUUUUUUUUUUUUUUCUCUCCCGACUGUUGGCCUUUUCAGUCAAUAGAUCAAAUUCCGGACUUGGAAAAAUUUCAAUUUUUGGAGGGGGGGAUUUCGAGAUGAGCUUUUGCAUUUGAGGGUGGGGGGAGGGGCAAGGCUGAAGCCACAGCCAGAGUCCCUACCUGAUUUCAAUCAAUAGCUCAUAUUAAAAAUGUCGUCUGUUUUGAUCCCAAGAUGAGAUUUUUUUUUGGGAGGGGACACGGCAAAACUGUCCAAUUCAGUUCAUGGAUCCAGUUGGGGUCUUUAAAAGUUUCAGCGAUGUAUGUAUUUCAAGAUAAGAUGUGGGGGGGGGGGGGGGGGGGGGCGGCGCUAGCGUUCAGAACACUUCCCUUCCCAUUUGCGGGACGCCUUCCGAAGUCCAUGUUCUAGUAGGCUUCCUAGUCCCGUUUUUGCCCCCCCCCCCUAAACCCGCCACUAGCUUGUUUAGCAUAUCGAAGAAGCAGAGAGGAAUAUCUUUGUAAAUAU